GCGGGUAUGCGUGCUGUAGCUCUUAAUCGCAAAGACUUCGUUUCCACACGCUGAAGUGGUGAUUAUUUAACCUUGAUUAUAACGCUUCUGUAGUCGACUCGACACAGCUUCAAACACCAACAUGCAAGCAGCUAUGGAAAUAUCAGCAAAGUACUGUUAUAAAGAACUGGAGACAUAUGGGUCCUGCGUUGCCUCAAAUCCAACGUCUUGGCAACACAAGUGCCAUGACCUAAAACUCAAGGUUUCACAAUGUACAUCAUCACAUCCAGUGAUCCAGAAGAUCAGGGAAGACUGCUCCACAGAAUUUGAGAAAUUUGAGCAAUGUCUCAAAGAAAACCUGACCUCACCUACCUCUUGUUCACCACACGUGACCCGCUUUCUAGGCUGUGCAGACUCCGUUGACCUCAGCAGCGUGGGUUCAGAUUCAAGUUCUGACACAUCAUAGGAUUCAGCAACUUCUAUCAUCAGACCAAACGUCUACACAAGCUGGAUGUGAAUGUGUCAACUGUGUUUAUUUGAAGUUAUAUAUAGUUAUAUAUA